AGGACGCUCUCGUACACCGGACAUGCCAAUGGUCAAGGAACUGGUCUCUGCGAUGAGAGAGCAUGUGCUGGUGUCGCUUUCGAAGGAGGAGCAGGCAGUGAGAGGUGGGAGUUGUUCGAUGCCGAGACGACGAAGUCUCUCUUCACGUUGAGCGUUGUAGGUCAUGGUGGUGGUGUUGGUGGUGUUCGUGGUGGUGGUAGUGUUGGUAGUGAAGAAGUGUGAUGUUGUUGGAUUUGCUUUGACAACAAGACUGAGGAACUUGAUCGAAGGUCUUGCACGGAGAGUAGUG